AUGGAGGCAGAGAUCCAACUCGCCAAAGAGGGUGCACCUACCUUUGUCUUUGGUCAACGCAAAGACCCUCUACGAAUCUUGAUUUCACGGACAACGGAUGCGACGAUGGAUGGCAAGCAUGCGGUGGACGACUUCCUUGGAUUUAUGGGCGCGUUAAUCAAGGACGACAACGCUAUCUUCGAGCAAUACAACAUCGACAUGCGUACUCUAUUCAUCAACACUUUCAAAUGCAUGGAUACGAGACUCGAAGGUCUUGCAGAGUUGAAACCAGAAGGCGAUGCUGCUGAAAAGCUGAAAACAAGGAAGACCAACCUUAUUGCUAUGAUCAAGGGAGCCUUGGAACGUGAUAUUUUGACACGCGCCGAUUGUUUGAUCCAUUUCUCCAGUCAAACCUUACAAGAUGCUGGCUUGAUCAUUGACAAGGAUAUCUUCGAUCGCAGACUUGUCCGCUUGAACACCUCCAUGAUUUACAAGCAAAACAAGUUCAACUUGUUCCGUGAGGACAAUGUGGGAUAUGCUGCUUUGAUCAAUGAUCUCAUCGUUGGCAGCACCGACCAUGAAUAUGACAAGCGUAAUCAAGCACCGCCAACACCACUCGAUCGUGUGCCUACUUUCCUUCAAACCAUCUCAUCUCAUAUUGGCAUCUUCCACCUUGAUCCCAAUCGUGUGCUUGAUAUUUUGCUCGACUUUUUCGUCAAACAAGUCUUAUGCAACUACGUGUUCUGGAUCACCCUUUUCAAGCAAUCGGCAUGGAUGGAACAUCUUCAUCUCGGUGAUCUUCCUGAUGACGGCAGCUUGGUGAUGGCGCAUUUACUGGGCUUCAAGUUUGAAUACUAUCAGACCAUUCAAAAGGAGAAUCCACCCAAGGAAUUGUAUUAUGCAUGUGCAUUGCUUAUCAAGGAGAAGCUCAUUCGACUUCACGACCUUCUUCCCUACCUAUAUCCUUUUGAUUCAGCAAUGGCCCAGAAAAAGAAGGAGUAUAUGGACAAUAUGAACAAAGAGAUCAGCACCAACACAGGCGGUCUUUUGGCACAAUUUGGCGCAUUGGGUGAAGAGGGUACCACUGAACGUGUGAAGCAGCCCAAGGAAAAGUCCAAAUCCAAAGACGAGGAGCAAGAAGCAUUGAAAGCAAACGACAUUGUUGAAUUGACACGUGCGUUGUUGGCCAUCGGUGACAUUUAUCAUGCCGAGCUUUUAUUCGCCAAAUACGACAAAUUACUCGACAUGUAUCCCGAGCUCGCACACAACAUUUAUCGCAUCUGCGACAAGAUGCUUGCUCCUAUCUACGACACUGUGAUCCCUCAACAAGUCAAGGACAAGUACAAGCUCUUUGAGCAACGUGUGCAGGAAUCAGAAAUCAAGACAGCAUUGGGACGUACAGAACAAGAGAUGCCUGAACUUGCAGAUGUCUUGGUCAUGGAUAGUCUUCGUGACGAUACGCACAAUAUCAGCAAACGAGAGCGAUAUGUUUUCUUUUAUCGCAAUUGGCCGGAUGAUAUUCAAAAGGUCAACACCUUCCAAGAUCUAUUACAAGUGUUCCUUCCCGUCAUGCGUUUGGCUGGCUACAAGAUGUAUCUCGCUCCCAACCUCGUUGCUAAGCUCUUGUUGAUUGUCCGUCACUUGAUCGAUCGUGAAGAAGAAUUCCCUGGUUGCCGGCCUUACUGUCUCAGCAUGAUUCGCGAAAUCCUUUUACCAUCCGUUUCAUUCAGCCGAUGCAAUCCUGGAACAAUGGCAUCUUUAUGGGAAUUAUUGGACAAGCUCACAUUCCAAGAAAGAUAUGCUUUGUAUGGUGAAUGGGGCUCUGAUUUCUACAAAAAGUCGAUCGAAUGCAAGCUUUUAAAGGCACGCACUGAGAGAUCUGUCAAAUCAGUCAUGCAGCGUGUUUCAAGAAAUGAUGUUCGACAAUGUGGUCGUGAUCUUGGUAAACUUGCCAAUUCGAACCCUACGAUCGUCUUCAGUGUCAUGCUUGACCAGAUCCAGUCAUUUGACAACAUGGCUCCUUUUAUGGCUGAUGCAUGUCGUUACAUGGGUGACUUUACGUACGAUGUUUUGGGAUAUCUGAUGACCGAAAAGUGGACCGGCUUUAAUGGACCUGGUCGCGUAAAGAAGGCCAAAGUCAAAGAAGAUGGAAUGACAUCCACGUGGUUACGAGCCUUGUCGGUCUUUUCGGGUAUGCUUUUCAAGAAACAAGGCCUUGAUCCCAUGCCAUUAUUCCGAUAUAUGAUCUUGCGACUUCACUAUGACGAUGCCGUGGAUGAUCUUAUCUUGUUCAAUGAGUUUAUUACCAAGAUAUGCGGCAUUGAAAUUAUUGGCAGCACCAUGACCGAUGAUCAGAUUUUAUCAGCAUCGUGCAGUGAAACGAUCAAAGCUGAGGCAUUUCAACCCAUCUCUGGUGACAAUCGUAAGGCCAGCAAACGUGUGAUUACGAGGACAAAGGAGGCAUUACAAAAGGACGGCACAGCUCUAGAGCUUAUUGUGUUAUUACAUCGAUUACGAGAAGCAUGCUCAAGCGAAGAGCAAAUCAGUACUGCGGCUCUUGGAUCACGUCUCGAUCUUAUUCAUCAAUCCAUCAACCAGUAUCUUGAAAUGAUGACAACGAUUUUCGAGCCACAAGAAUACGAUGCACUUAUUCCUGAUGCCAACACACUUGCCACUGUUUACAAGCUGCCCGAUUAUUUGACCAUGCAACUUGUACGACCCAAAACACGCCACGCCCUUCGAACGUAUAAGCCUGAUGCUACCGAGACUUACAAUGCUGACGAGCCACAUCCUGUUUUCCGCUCACUCAUCGAUCAAGUACCCAAUGUUGUCACUGAACCAAGUGUCCUCAACCUCAUCACCAGUGAAUUCUACACGUUGUUCUGGCAACUCAGUCUUUAUGAUAUCCAUGUCCCUGAAGGACAUUAUCAAGCAGCCAUGAAGCGACAAAGUGAUAUGAUUGCUCAAUGCCGUGAUACACGAUCUUCUUUCUAUCUCAACAAUCGACCUUCAGUGGUGGCUAAAGCCGAACGACAAGCACAAGCAUGUCUUGACAACCUCCAAGAAGAUUUACCUCGACACAAGGCUGAUGUGGAAAAGACGAUGCAAAUUUUACGGACGUCACAAGCUCGAUGGUUCCCAAUGAAUGUUGAUCGGCAACCUUUGAUUUCAUCGAUUAUCCAACAUUGCCUUUUGCCAAGGAGUAUGAUCUCAGAAGCUGAUGCGGUGUUUUGCUUUGAAUUUGUCAUGUUGAUCCAUCGAUUGGGUGCUCGCAACUUUUCGAGUUUGACAUUAUUCGACAAGGUGCUUUCAGAAAACCUACCCACAGCACUCCUCUCCUUCACCGAAUAUGAAACCACCAUCCAUGCACGCUUCUUGUAUCGCACAUUUGCCAAGAUUUCGGAAUGGCAAAAGGAUGAACAACUCUAUAUCAAGGAGGCUCAUGGCGAGGGAUUGAUUGGUUUCCAGAAAAAGUGGAAUGCACAGACAUCACAGGAUGUAUCCAAAGAGGAUUUGCUCAACUUUACAGAGUUCAAACGGGUCAUGCACAAGUGGCAUCUCAAGACGAGUUUGGCUAUUGAACAAGCACUCCAAUCGGGUGAACCACAUCAAAUCCGCAAUGCAUUCUUGAUUCUCAAGCAAUUUAUUCCAUAUUUCCCCAUGAUUCGUGAGCAUGGCCAAGUGCUUGUCAAGACCACACAAGAGCUUGCUAACCGAGAAAGAAAGGACAAUCUCAAGGUGCUCGCAAGAAGUUACUUGGGUCUAAUUGAAAAGAGCAAAUCUCGUUGGGUCACGAAAGAUGUAUUCCUUGGAUUGAAAGAGGCCGAGCCUGAAAAAGCGCCAAGCGAAAAAGCUUCACCAAAGCCAUCCAGCAAUGAUGAGCGGAUACCAUCACCUGAUCGCAAACGUUCAAGAGAAGAUACAUCCAACACAUCGACCAAUGAAGGCACAUCCUCCAAACGUAGUCGACAUGAUCAUGAUGAUCGAUCAUCACGUGAGGCAUCCAAAGAAUCCAGACGAGAAAGCGAACGUAGUUCAGCACGAGAGCCAUCACGAUCAGCACGCGAUUCAAGUGGCCACCGUGAUAGCCGUGAAUCUUCUUCAAAGGAUCAACCUCGUAUUCGUGACCAUGCGCGUGAAGCUAUUCGAGAAGCAGCUCGUGAUUCGGCUCAUGCUCGGGAUACCAACCGUGAUUCGGCACCACGAGAUUCGGGGGGAAGAUUAUCAAAGGAGUCAUCCAGAAGUUCACGGGAAGAACAACGAAGGUCAAGUCGUGAUCGACGAUCAACCAAUGCUGGAUCUGGUUCGAACUCUACAGCAGCAGCAGCAUCAACCAAUAACCCAGCAUCCACAUCCAGUAAUGGCGGUAGCAGCAGCUCAAAGAAACGGGAUCGGGAUGAUGAUCGGGAUCGGGAUCGUGGAGAAAAGAGAUACAGAGAUGAAAGAAGUAGUCGGGAUGAUAGGCGGGAACGAGACCGUGAGCGAGACCGAGACCGUGAACGUGAAAGAGAUAGAGAACGAGAUAGAGAUCGAAGACGUCGUAGUAGAAGAUAA